AUGGGCGAGCAGGCCGCGGCCGUUUCCUCCGGCGAGACGCCUGCCACGGCGGAGGUGGGGACAGGGCUGGGGCAGAGGUCGCUGCCCACGCCGUUCCUGAACAAGACGUAUCAGCUGGUGGACGACCCGGCGGUCGACGAUGUCAUCUCGUGGAGCGAGGACGGGUCGGCGUUCAUCGUGUGGCGCCCCGCCGAGUUCGCGCGCGACCUCCUCCCCAAGUACUUCAAGCACAAUAACUUCUCCAGCUUCGUGCGCCAACUCAACACCUACGGAUUUAGGAAGAUUGUGCCGGACAGGUGGGAGUUCGCCAACGACUGCUUCCGUCGAGGAGAAAAGCGGCUGCUUUGUGACAUACAUCGGCGAAAGGUGACGCCGACGGUGGCGGCCACCGCCGCGGUCACGGUAGCUGCGGCUGCCGCGAUUCCGGUAGCGCUGCCGGUGGCGAAGCGACAGGGCUCGCCGGUGCUUUCCGGCGAUGAGCAGGUGCUGUCGUCGAGCUCGUCCCCUGAGCCCCCCUUUCUAAAUCAGUACGCGCCGUCCUACUCCGGCUCGGGCGGCGUUGCCUCCGGCGAUCUCGGGGAAGAGAACGAGCGGCUGCGGCGGGAGAACUCGCGGCUGACGCGGGAACUCGGGCAGAUGAAGAAGCUCUGCAAUAACAUUUUCGUCCUCAUGUCCAAGUACACCGACGGCCAGCAGACCGACGCCGCCAACGCGACCUCCGCCGCCGCCGACGUCGGGAAUUGCUCUGGUGAGUCGGCAGAGACCACGGCGCUCCCACCUCCGCCGGUGCUCGAGCUCUUGCCUUCCUGCCAAAAUGCUCCCACGGCUGCCGAUUUGGGCGCGGAGGACGAGGAGGAGAAGAUGAGCGCUAGGCUCUUCGGCGUCUGCAUCGGGCGGAAGCGAAUGCGCCACGACGGCGAGGACCGGACGAGGCGAGGAGCGGCGGCGGAGGUGAAGCCUGAGCCGAUGGACGCGCAGCAGCCCUCCGGAAUGGACGGUCACACACCGGACGUGCAAGCCUGGCCCAUUUACAGGCCCAGACCCGUGUACCAACCCCUCCGCGCCUCCGACGGGUCAAACUGCUACAGCGGGAGUGACGACCACAACGGGUCCAACUCCAGGUGA